AUGGCUCCUCUCGUCCCUCGCUUUCAUCUCUUUGAGAUUGAUGACCAGACUUGGUUCCCAGCCUUCCUUCGCGCGCGUGUCCAAGAUGGCCUCACCCGUGCCUGGCUCUUCAGCACGCCUCUUCAGCCCCAAUCUCCUGCGAGCCUCAGCGCCAAAGUGUUAAUCGAGCAGCUCAACACUUCCCUCUCCGAUUUUACGUUUGUCGACUUCUGUGCUGGUGGUGGUGGCCCUACACCCUCGAUAGCACGCACCGUCAAUGGCCACCUUCGCUCCCAGGGAUUAGACCCUGCUCGAUUUAUCCUUACCGACUUGCAUCCCAAUGUUGAAGCGUGGGAAAAGGUUGCUCAGAAGAACCCACUCUUGACGUACGAGCGCACAUCUGUCGAUGCGACGGCCGCCCCAAAGCAUCUCGUCAGGCGAGACGACGGCACGAAGCCAUUCAGGCUGUUCAAUUUGGCAUUUCAUCACUUCGAUGACGACUUGGCCACAUCGAUUCUGCGCGAUACGGUCGAAACGAGCGAGGGGUUUGCCAUCUUCGAGCUACAGGAUCGUUCGCUGGCGAGCGUAAUGGCGGUUACGCUUUUUGGGAUUGGUGCCAUUCUAAGUGCACCGUUGUUCGCAUUCAAAUGGCGAUCGCCUGCAACAUUUAUCUUCUCGUGCAUAAUCCCGAUAAUACCCUUUGUUCUCACGUUUGAUGGAUACAUCUCAGCAUUGCGCACACGAACACCUGACGAGGUUGAGGCUCUGUUGAGGUUCUGUGGUGCGGACGCGAGCAAAUGGGAGGUCAAGAGUGGUAGUGAGUUGCAUCUCUGGCCUUGCGGAUAUGUCAAUUGGAUUGUCUGCAGACCUGUGCGUAAGGAUUGA